AUGUUUUCGUCGUCGCAAUCGACGGCGGUGCAGCUGGUGGACAAGGCGACAAGCGACCUGCUGGCGAGCCCUGAUUGGACGCUCAACAUGCAGCUCUGCGACCUCCUUAACGCCAGCUCCGGGCAAGUGAAGGACGUGGUGAGGGCAGUGAGGAAGCGCAUCGGCAGCAAGAACAGGAAGACGCAGCUCCUCGCCCUCACUCUGCUGGAGACGCUGAUCAAGAACUGCACGGCCUACGUGCACCGCAUAGUGGCGGAGAAGGACGUGCCGGCAGAGAUGGCCAAGAUCGCCCGCAAGAAGUGUGACGAGGAGGUGCGCCUGCGCAUAUUAGAGCUGCUGGACGUGUGGCAGGAGGCGUUCGGAGGGGCGGGCGGACGGCCGGUGCAGUUCUUCCUGGCGUAUGAUGAGCUCAAGCGCAUGGGCAUGCCCUUUCCCCCCCGCGACCCCCACCGGGUCGUACCUGUCUUCACCCCGCCCCAGACGCAGCCCACAGCCGCGCCCUUCAGCCACGGCCCUCCCCAGAUGCACCCUCCCCAGUCGUACCCGCCCCAGACGUACACGACCCGGGGCUAUGAUGGGCGGCCUGUGGUGAUGGGGUACCCUGUGGGGAGUGGGGGAGCAGGGGGCGCGGGGAGGGGGGAGGAGGAGAUCCCCCCUCAUGUGCUGCAGGCCACGACUGCCACCAUGAUGACGGCGGCCGACCUGGUGAAUGCGCGCAGCACAGUGGAUCUGCUGGGAGAGAUGCUCGCCACAGUGGACGCCAACAACCCUGCGGCGGCUACCGAUGAGGUGAUAAGCGACUUGGUGGAGCAGACUCGCACGCUGCAGCAGCAGCUCACAGCUGCCCUCAACAUAUCCACUAGCCGCACUCCCGAGCAUCUCGCCGAGUGGCACGACCCGCAUCGGCGCCGCGAGGCGGGAGUCGUUUGCAACAAGGUGCCGAAGGAGAUUUCAUCGGAGAUUUGCGAGAUGUUCGAAGCCAAGAUUCGGGCGCGCAACCAAAAGGCGCGGGCGACAAGUGCGGCGAUCGCGGCGGUGAGCGGCAAGAGCGAGGCGGGAGGGAAAGGGAAGCGCGGGCGCAUGGAGGACUUCUACGGCGAGGGCGGACUUGCGGCGAGGCGGGCGGCCGACGAGGCGAUUGUCCUCUACCUCGCGGGGACGCGCACGUCGGAGGCGCAGUGCGAGCACCCGCUCUUCCUCAACAUGCUGCGAGCCGUCACCGCUGCCGGCUCGGGCUAUGUCCCCCCCAAACGGCACUACGUCGGAGGCGCCGGCUCGGGCUAUGUCCCAGCCCGUUUCCGCUUCACCGUGCGAGCGGGGCUGGUCUACAUGGGAUGGCGUGCACACGGCGCGCAGGAACCGACUCGGGAUGCGGAAGCGGGGCCUAGUGUGGUGGGAAGGAAGGGUGCAGUGGUGGAGGGGAACAUCCCCCCCCCUCCCCUCCCUGAGGGGUACAAGUUGGAGGAGGAUGGGGAGAUGGAGGCGGACGAGGACGACGUGUGCCUCGAUGAGUGGCAGACGCAGGAGGAGCUGGAGAAGGAAGGGGAGGGGGAGGAGGAGGAGGAGGAGGAGGAGGAGGAGGAGGAGGAGGAGGAGGAGGACGACGACGACAGCUAG